AGCAGUUUUAAGCCGCACUGUUCUUCCUCCUCCGCCAUCGCAUGGAUUAGCGCGCAGUCUCUCCCUCCUCCCCUCCCAGGUUAAGUGCAAGAAAAUGGCAUCCCUUACUCCUGGGGUAUUGAUAAAGCUUCUCAAGAACUUAAACACUGAUGUAAAAAUAUGUGGCGAACAUCGGUCUAUCCUUCUUCAAGUAGUCAGCAUCGUACCCGCGUUAACUGGUUUAGAACUUUGGCCAGAUCAUGGUUUCUUCAUAAAGGUGUCUGAUUCUUCACAUUGCACAUAUGUUUCCUUAUCGAAAGACGACAAUGACCUUAUCUUAACGAACAAGUUGCAACUCGGCCAAUUCAUCUACAUUGACAAAGUGGAGGCUGGAACCCCAGUCCCUGUCCUUGUUGGCGUGCGACCUCUGCCCGGAAGGAACCCAUGCAUAGGGAACCCAAAGGACCUAAUGGACAUGCUAGUCCUUCCUGAUAAUUUUGAAACACAAGAUCAGGAGAAGAAAACUUCAAAGACAUACGAGUUAUCUAAAGCCGACAAAGGGAGGACAAAACAGAAAGUGGUCAUCAAAGAGGAGAAGAAUGUGGUUGCAUCUCGAUACAUGCAAGGUGUUUCAAGGAGUAGCAUGAGAAAUUCUACUUCUGAAACCAACUCACCACCCAGUCAAAAGGUCGAAGAAAAGGUCAUAGUUGUUGUUCCUUUGGGGGCCAAGCAAGAGCCUAAAUGUCAAGUAUUACAGGCGAAAACUAUAAUCCCAUGCAACCAAAAUAAAAUAGUCGACGUAAAGCAGGAAAGUUCAGUCGAUGACCUAAAAGGCGAUUCAAAAGUUCCAAAGACAGUACCUGCCAAGUCUAGUCGUAUCGUAAAGAAGAUAGCGCCUUCCGACUCAGUUUACUCUUCAUCAAGCAGCAAUAGAAGAAAACUUGUGGAUGCCAUCCCAUGGGAAUCUCUUCCUGCCAGUCUAAUCAAGCCUGGGAAGGGAAUGAUUAAAAGAAAAAACACAGCUUUUCUGAUAGUAGCGGAGGCGAAAAAAGAAGCAACUGCUGCUGCAGCUCUUGUUAAAGGCCUGGGCAUAUUUGCUGAUCUACGCAAGUCUUCGGUGGAGGAGAAUCUCCACAUAGCUCUCGCGAAGUUUUUUUCUCUUCACCGGCUUUUAGAUCAGCCAAGCAUAGCAGCUCAAGAUAGCUCCUCUGGUAUCCUGAGACAACUUGCUGAAGGAGAAAAGUCGAUCAAGAAACUUACAUUGCCUUUGCGUAGUGAUAAAAGCAAUUCCAAUUCUGCAAAAUUCACAGUGGAGUCCCUAACCGAUGAGAGGAUGGAGUGGGCGAGGGGAGAUGGCCUGAAUGAGAUCCAAGAACUAAGGGCCAAACUCCGAAAAGAAUCACAGUCGUGGUUCUUAGGUUUCUUAGAAAAUGCUCUCGACACUGGCUUCUCCGCGGAGUCACCACCGACGAAGAAGGGUCCCAAGGAUCGUGGUGGGGAGAACGCAAAGGAGUCCCACGAGCUGAUUGCAGGAACACUCUCGCAACUUAAGGAAGCAAGUAACUGGUUAGAUCAACUUCAAAAUUCUGGUGACACCGAACCAGAUAGAGGAUUGGCCGAGACAAUCAAUCUGUUGAAGCAAAAGAUAUAUGUUUGUUUACUCGAACAUGUUGAAUCAGCCGCAUCAGCCCUCGAAGGGAGAAAAAGUAGCACAUGAUUCAUAACUCUAUACAAAGAAAAUUUGUUCCCUCUAAAAAACGGCGAUGUGCUUUUGUCUGUUGAGUUUGUUGACACUCUUUCAAUUCUUGUACCAAGAAAGUUUGUGCUCUCCACAAUGGUUGAAUUAAGAAAUCUCACCAUUUGUUCA